CAUCACAUGAAUUGACUGUCAACAUGCAAGAUGGCCACCCAUCACAGGCAAAAUGCUGCUGGGCGGAGAAAAGUACAGGUGUCCUAUGUCAUUAGAGAUGAGGUGGAGAAGUACAAUCGGAAUGGGGUGAAUGCACUCCAGCUUGACCCUGCGUUGAACCGGCUCUUCACGGCUGGAAGAGACUCUAUCAUCCGGAUAUGGAGUGUCUACCAGCAUAAACAGGACCCGUACAUUGCCUCGAUGGAGCAUCAUACGGACUGGGUUAAUGACAUAGUUCUCUGUUGCAAUGGCAAAACACUGAUAUCUGCCUCAUCAGACACAACCGUCAAAGUAUGGAACGCGCAUAAAGGCUUCUGCAUGUCAACGUUACGAACACACAAGGACUAUGUGAAGGCUCUGGCUUACGCUAAGGACAAGGAGCUUGUGGCAUCAGCAGGUCUCGACCGGCAGAUCUUUCUUUGGGAUGUGAACACACUGACGGCACUCACUGCUUCCAACAACACUGUAACCACCUCGUCACUCAGUGGGAACAAGGACUCGAUCUACAGUCUGGCUAUGAACCAGAUGGGCACAGUCAUUGUAUCUGGAUCAACAGAAAAGGUCCUGAGAGUGUGGGAUCCUCGAACAUGUGCUAAACUGAUGAAGCUGAAAGGUCACACGGACAACGUCAAGUCGUUGCUGCUGAAUCGAGACGGCACUCAAUGCCUGUCCGGCAGCUCCGACGGGACCAUCCGCCUGUGGUCCCUCGGCCAGCAGAGGUGCAUCGCCACAUACCGGGUGCACGAUGAAGGGGUCUGGGCCCUGCAGGUCAACGAGGCCUUCACACACGUCUACUCUGGAGGCAGAGACAAAAAGAUCUACUGCACUGACCUGCGUAACCCAGACAUCCGCGUGCUCAUCUGCGAGGAGAAGGCCCCGGUGCUCAAAAUGGAACUGGACAGAUCUGCUGACCCACCUCCAGCAAUCUGGGUCUCCACCACCAAGUCAUCCGUUAAUAAAUGGUCUCUAAAGGGAAUGCACAACUUCCGGUCAUCAGGGGAGUAUGACAACGACUGCACUACCCCUCUUACACCAUUGUGCACUCAGCCAGAACAAGUCAUCAAAGGAGGUGCCAGUAUCAUACAGUGCCACAUUCUGAAUGACAAGAGACACAUACUUACCAAAGAUACCAACAACAACGUGGCUUUCUGGGAUGUCCUGAAGGCUUGCAAGGGUGAAGACUUGGGGAAAGUGGAGUUCGAUGAAGAGAUUAAAAAGCGCUUCAAGAUGGUCUACGUGCCAAACUGGUUCUCUGUUGAUCUUAAAACUGGGAUGCUCACGAUCACUUUGGACGAGAGCGACUGCUUCGCUGCCUGGGUGUCUGCAAAGGACGCUGGGUUUUCAAGCUCUGAUGGAUCCGACCCAAAGCUGAACCUGGGUGGACUGCUGCUCCAGGCUCUGCUGGAGUUCUGGCCCAGAACUCGCAUCAACCCCAUGGACGAGGAAGAGAACGAGGUGAACCACGUGAACGGAGAGCAGGAGAACAGGGUCCAGAAAGGAAAUGGAUAUUUCCAAGUGCCACCACACACGCCAGUCAUCUUCGGGGAAGCAGGAGGCCGGACUUUAUUCAGGUUGCUAUGUAGAGAUUCAGGUGGAGAGACUGAAUCGAUGCUGCUGAACGAGACGGUUCCACAGUGGGUCAUUGAUAUAACUGUAGACAAAAACAUGCCCAAGUUCAACAAAAUCCCGUUCUACCUCCAGCCCCAUUCUUCCUCCGGUGCAAAGACUCUGAAGAAGGAUCGUCUCUCGGCCAGCGACAUGCUCCAGGUGAGGAAGGUGAUGGAGCACGUUUACGAGAAGAUCAUCAACCUGGACAACGAGUCGCAGACCACCAGCUCCUCGGCCAACGAUAAGCCGGGGGAGCAGGAGAAGGAGGAGGACAUGGCCAUGCUGGCCGAGGAGAAGAUCGAACUCAUGUGUCAAGACCAGGUUCUGGAUCCCAACAUGGACCUGCGAACAGUUAAACAUUUUAUCUGGAAGAGCGGAGGGGACUUGACGCUUCACUAUAGGCAGAAGUCCACGUGAAAAUUCAAAUUUUUAAAACAGGAACUCUCUUCGUCAUUUGCCAAUCACCACCCACCUCUGACAUGUAGUACCCUAAACCCCAUUGUGUGGUCAGGAGUCGCAGUAUCAGUGAGAACCUAGUAAGAAUUGUGAGGACCAACUGACCAGAACAGGCCGGAGCAGCCAAGAGACACCUGGGAGAGAAGUGGUCCGUAGUUUUCUCUUUCUUUCUUUUCUUUUACAGAUUGAAGAAAGGACUCUUCUCCAGCACUCACCUUUUUUAUUUAUCUGACUGCUCUGUUUGUUCUUUCCUUCUGAUUCGCGUUUAAUUAAUGAAGCAACAGAAGUUACAGUACAUGUUUGUGUCUGAGCGUGUGUGUGUACACACACACACACACACACACACACGGAUGUAGUAGACUGUUUUUGUUCUAGUACAUUCCAGAAACUGUCCGUGUUCGACAAACACUCCACACCCGUCUCGGCGCAGCAGCAGUGUAGGGUUACUCUUGGUCUGUGGGUAGCGUCCCGCUCCUCUGUCCUGCUGUCAUCUUAACUUGAACAUCUAAUUAUCGCAGAGCUUGAACUUCAUUGACAGAAGCACUCGUCUUUGUCAUUUAUUUUUAGCUGUGCUGUCCUCAAUGGGUCCGAAUGUUCUUUGUUUUGUAAAUAUAUGUAUUCUCGAUUUAAGUGGCUUUGUUUUCUUUUGCAGCAAUUUUAUUUCGUUGUACAGUUAACUUCAAAACCAACAGUUACUUUAUUUUUUUCCCAAAUCCCUAGAGCAUUCAUAGUCAUAAAGGUAAAUUUGACUUGGAUGUUAAAAAUUGCAUUUGUUGUAUUCAAUACAAGCCAGAAAUUGCAUUUUACUCUUUAAGAAUGUUAGUAGUCGUCCAAGUCAUUUUAGCAAUCAGGAAAUUAUAUAUAAAGGUAUAUAUCUUUAAUAAUAAAUCAUGCUUACCCGCUCUGUGCUUGAGUCAUGACCGGUGACUUUGAUGACAGUGAGGGCUGUUACUAAUGUAUAUUUCAUUUAGAUUUAAUAGUUCAAUGAAACAUGAAUAAAGAGAAAGGAGAAUUUCUGAACACUGUGGGGAAUUCAAGUCAAAUAAACAGGCGCGCGCACAUUCCUCUCUCACUGUGUCACCGCGCUGAUCAACAGAUCUUUUCAUUGUAAAUUUUCCACAGAUAAUUUAGCCAUGAAGCGUGAGUGUGUAACGCCACAGUGGGGAUGCAUCGCUCAAAAACAUGGGUACCAUAAUUAGGCCAUAACACUGCAAUAUCCCUUGUUGUAAUAAUUUGUGAAAUAUGUAUAUUUUAGGCAUUCAAAGAAAUAAAUUGGAAUGGUUUAACAAUGAUA